AUGAACCUUGUCUCCAUACACGAAGGUACAGUGAACACCCUGAAAUCUCUGCACAUUCACGUACCAAAGGCUGUGCUGUCUGGCACGAGCGCGGAGCUGAUGUGUACUUACGAGUUGGAAGGUGCCCAGUUGUACUCUAUCAGGUGGUACAGAAACAUGAUGGAGUUCUACCGCUACGUGCCGAAGGAGUCGCCGGCCACGAAAGUGUUCCCCGUCGCUGAGAUCAAAGUCGACGUGGCAGGUUCGGACGCGAACCGGGUGAUUCUAACAGAAGUAGACCGAACUCUGACAGGAGAGUAUCAGUGCGAAGUGUCAGCUGAUGCUCCGCUGUUUCACACAGAUAUUAAAGCCGCCGAAAUGGUAGUAGUAGAUAACUAA